UGGCUAUGGUCGUGUGUUGACGAAGCACUAUAAAACAGAUUGAGAGUCCAAGUUAUCGCAUUUAUUAACGUGUUAUCGGACACUGAGGACCUCUCUUGGAUAUUUAUCAGUUCGUUUAAGUUUCUGUGCAGUGAUGGCUCCAAUCAAUGCAGAUGUUGUAAACGGGGGCAAGGACAGUACACCCCCGAAAACGACAUUGCCUGAAGUUGAUACAGAAACCAAUGGAAACAAACGGUAUUCGUACGAGACGCUCGUGGAGACUGCAAACUUCCUCCUCUCUAGAACCGCUGUGAGGCCUCUGAUAGGCGUGAUAUGCGGCUCUGGGAUGGGUUCGUAUUGGAACGAGGGUGCGCUGGCUGAAAAUAUAAUAGAUGGGCAAUGUAUACCAUACGAGGAGAUUCCAAAUUUCCCCACGAGUACGGUGGAGGGUCAUCACGGCAGACUAGUGUUUGGACAUCUCAAUGACAUUCCAGUGGUUGCCAUGCAAGGGCGUUUUCAUUAUUAUGAAGGAUACCCGCUAUGGAAGUGCUGCCUACCAGUGAGAGUUAUGAAGCUGCUCGGAGUGAGGACAUUGAUAGCUACCAACGCAGCCGGUGGUCUGAACCCGAACUUCAAGAUCGGUGACCUGAUGAUCGUGAAGGACCACAUCAACAUGAUGGGCUUUGCUGGCAACAAUCCGCUACACGGACCGAAUGACGAACGGUUCGGACCACGCUUCCCGCCGAUGAACAAAGCUUAUAACUACGAGUUUAGAAAGAUUGCCAAAGAGGUAGCCAAAGAGUUGAACAUACAAGACAUCGUCAGAGAAGGAGUGUACACGUGUCUGGGAGGACCCAACUUUGAGACAGUCGCUGAAAUCAACAUGCUCAAGAUGGUCGGCGUUGACGCCGUUGGCAUGUCUACAGUGCAUGAGGUCAUAACCGCACGGCACUGCGAUAUGAACGUGUUUGGUCUGUCCCUGAUAACAAACGAGUGUGUGACGAGUUACGAGCACGAAGCCGAGGCCAAUCACGAAGAAGUCUUGGACGUGGGCCGCAUGCGACAGGAUAUACUCAGGAAAUUCGUGUCCAAGCUCGUUGUCAAGUUUGCUCACACACUGACACGGGAUAGUCCGUGAAACCGGGGUGAUCCGUGAAAUCGGGAUUGUCCGUAAAAUCGGGAUUAUCCGUGAAAUUUGAAUAGCAGCAGUACAAUGUAUCUAGAUCUAUAUUAGAUCUUAACUAGAUAUAGGAAUCUUAAUUAGGUGCAAGGCAAUAGAAAUGGUGUCUCUACAAACUAUAGACCAGUGUUAGUAAGAUAGCUUGAUUCUAAAUGUCGACUGUUGAAUAGACAAUGUUUCUUUUUUAAACGUUGCACUUUACUUGUUCUCGAAUUUAAGAAGCAAUGUAGUUAAAUAAAGAACCAAUGAAGUUAUGUAGUAGCAGCUUAUACCUACUAUUGAAUAAAUUGCCACUACAGAACAGAACACGAUUUUUAAUUUUUGGGGUGUACUAUAAGUCACCGUACACACCAUUUCUAUUGCAUUGUUUUGACCUGCAAUGGCUAGAUCUUCGUCAUUCUACAAAAAGUUAACUAAAGUACACUUAUGCUCCUAUACCCUAAAUUCCAUACUUGCUUCGAGGGUCCGGACUCUCAAUCGUCCAAGUAUACGUAUUUUUUUUAUAUCUUACAUGGGAUAUCACUAUAAAUAAUGUGUGAAGACUCAUGGCUUCGUAGCAAUCCUUUGUAAAGAUCGCUAAAGUUUGGUGUUCUAAGUGUUUUUCGACUGCUGACAAAAUUUUGAGAUUUUAUGAGGAAGGUCUGGCUAGUACAGUCUUAUAGUCUAUUAUUAAAAUUUCUAUUAUCUUAACCUAUAAAAAUAUUUAGUUAUAUAUGUAUAAGUAGGUAUUUUCGUAAUUAACUCAAUAUUAAAGAAAUCUGAUAUUAUUAUUAAAAUGUGACUCAAUAAAUAAUGUACAGUUAUACAAGUGUUAAGUAUAGAUUUGUUAAAAUUUAAACGAAUUAUGUAAUGGUUUUUCUCAAUAAUAAGUAAAUAAAUCAAUUCUAAAAUUUAGUAAUAAGUAUCUGUUAUUUUAUAAGUAAUUUAAUUUAGUAGUUAUCAUUAAUGCUAUAGGUAAUUUAGUAAAAAUAGUAGUUAAUUUUGUAAAAACUUCCUUAGUAGAUAUAAUAUUGUCGAUAUUCUAUAGUAAAAAAU